GUGAAGCAUGGGAGCGGUAGAGCACAGCCAGGGGACAUGCUGAGGUGUUGAGGACCGGUCAAUUUGAGAAGUGUGAAGAGGAGGGAAGGCUUUGGAGUUGAGCAGCAUGCUGAGCCAGAGGAGGGAGCUGUGGGGAGCGGCGGCCCCGUGACCAGCAGCUGGUUCUCACCUGGGUCCUCCCAGUCAAGCCAGGCAGCCGCCAAACAGACGGAGCCCGAGCAAGCCCUGGACAGGAGCAGGCGGAGCAGACCCCUCCUCACAGUCCUCGAGAGCUGGCAGGACCUGGCUUCCCCACACAGUCUGACCGGCUCGCAAAUCACCAAGGGCUCUGCGCGUGAUUCGUUUAAAGCCUACCGCAUGUGGUGUCUCUCUCCCAGGCCUUCCUCAGACCCUGUCUUCCAGGCCUUCUGUGAAGACAGACCUUCUCUGGCUCUCCGGCCAGUGGAGGGCAGAGGAGGGGCACCUGGAGAUUCGCAGACUUUCAGGGAAGGGAGAGUCUUGAUUGGCCUACUUAGGGCUUGAUGUCCACCUGUGAUCCGGCCAGCUGAGGCCGAGGCAGUGGGUCAUGCUAUGCGACCAUGGCCAUUUGUGGCCCACCCAUCCUGAUGGGUCUGUGAGCUGAGCAGAUGCUCCAAAAGAUGUCCCCUGUGCAGGCAGAGGAUGACGUGGACCUGGAAGCCCUGGUGAACGACAUGAACGCGUCCUUGGAGAGUUUGUACUCGGCCUGUAGCAUGCAGUCGGAGACCGUACCCCUCCUUGAGAACGGCCAGCACGCCCGCAGCCAGCCAACACCCUCAGGAACAAGGUCCCUCCAGCCACAGGUGUCCCCACGGCAGAAGGUGCAGCGCUCCCAGCCUGUGCACAUCCUCGCUGUCAGGCGCUUACAGGAGGAGGACCAGCAGUUUAGAACCUCGUCUCUGCCGGCCAUCCCCAACCCCUUCCCUGAGCUCUGCGGCCCAGGGAGCCCCCCUGUGCUCACGCCGGGCUCCUUACCUCCGAGCCAGGCCACUGCAAAGCAGGAUGUUAAAGUCUUUAGUGAAGAUGGGACGAGCAAAGUGGUGGAGAUUCUAGCAGACAUGACAGCCAGGGACCUGUGCCAGUUGCUGGUUUACAGAAGUCACUGUGUGGAUGACAACAGCUGGACGCUAGUGGAACACCACCCGCACCUGGGAUUAGAAAGGUGUUUGGAAGACCAUGAGCUGGUGGUCCAGGUGGAGAGCACCAUGGCAAGUGAAAGUAAAUUUUUAUUCAGGAAGAAUUAUGCAAAAUAUGAGUUUUUUAAAAAUCCUAUGAAUUUCUUCCCAGAACAGAUGGUUACUUGGUGCCAGCAGUCCAACGGCAGUCAAACCCAGCUUUUGCAGAAUUUUUUAAACUCCAGUAGUUGUCCUGAAAUUCAAGGGUUUUUGCACGUGAAAGAGCUGGGAAGGAAAUCGUGGAAAAAGCUGUAUGUGUGUUUGCGGAGAUCAGGCCUUUAUUGCUCCACAAAGGGAGUUUCCAAGGAGCCCAGACACCUGCAGCUGCUCGCUGACCUGGAGGACAGCAGCGUCUUCUCCCUGAUUGCCGGCAAGAAGCAGUACAGCGCCCCCACGGACUACGGCUUCUGCAUAAAGCCAAACAGAGUCCGGAAUGAAACUAAAGAGCUACGGCUGCUGUGUGCCGAAGACGAGCAGAGCAGGACCUGCUGGAUGACGGCCUUCAGGCUCCUCAAGUAUGGAAUGCUCCUUUACCAGAACUACAGAAUCCCUCAGCAGAGGAAAGCCUUGCUCUCCCCGUUCUCGACUCCAGUGCGCAGUGUCUCUGAGAACUCCCUCGUGGCAAUGGAUUUUUCUGGGCAAACAGGAAGAGUGAUCGAGAAUCCAGCGGAAGCCCAGAGCGCAGCCCUGGAAGAAGGCCACGCCUGGAGGAAGCGAAGCACGAGGAUGAAUAUCCUAGGUAGCCAAAGUCCCCUCCACCCUUCUACCCUAAGUACAGUGAUUCAUAGGACGCAGCACUGGUUUCACGGCAGGAUCUCCAGGGAGGAGUCGCACAGGAUCAUUAAGCAGCAAGGGCUGGUUGAUGGGCUUUUUCUGCUCCGUGACAGCCAGAGUAAUCCAAAGGCAUUUGUACUUACACUGUGUCAUCACCAGAAAAUUAAAAAUUUCCAGAUCUUACCUUGCGAGGAUGAUGGACAGAUGUUCUUCAGCCUUGAUGACGGGAACACCAAAUUUUCUGACCUGAUCCAGCUUGUGGACUUUUACCAGCUAAACAAAGGAGUCCUGCCUUGCAAACUCAAGCACCACUGCAUCCGAGUGGCCUUAUGACCUCAGAUUUACUCUUGGCUGAAGACUAGAGGAAGCUGACACUGGAAUGACGAGGGCUGUGCAUGAAGACCACGCAGCUGUCCUGCACCUUGGGACUCCGAGUGAGACCGGUUAGGUCGCUGCAGCCGACCGACGUGGACUAGUUCGCUGGACCUAACGAUGAUUUGCUGCUGCGGAUCCAGCAGGAUCACCUCCCUCUGCGCUGGCCAAAUCAGGGAGGGCGUGAGAGAGCAAGCGCGAAUUUGAGAAUAAACUGGAAUGAGCGGCUUGGCUGGGCCACGUAGGAACAAGAGCCGGAGAGAAGUAAUUGGAAAUGAACUCUUGCCCUGGAAUAAUCUUGACAAUUAAAACUGAUAUGUUUACUUUUUUGUAUUGAUCACUUUUUUGCACUCCUUCUUUGUUUUCAAUGUUAUAUUCAGCCUCUGGUAGGAGGGGAUGUGGCUUUUCAGUGCAUACAAGACGCAAAGACAGUUUCCAAUGGGCAGACUUCAGAGACUGACUAUGGGCCCCCAAAUGUUUCCAGAAGGUGGUCCCCACCUUCUGCAGGUUACCAUAGGUGGAUUCAGCUCCCAAAUAACAAACCACCCCAGCCCCUCCCAGUAUACUUGAAGAGCUUUUUUUAAAUAAAAGGUGUCACCUGUGGCAGGCAUUUGGCAUGUUUUUGUGGACCCAGUCAGGCAACCAUGGUCUGUCAAUCACUUCUCUAAGCACAGAUGUCCCAUACUCUUGUUAUUAUUGCGGCCCGUCCUCCACAGUUCAGGAGACUUGAUUUCUUUGGAAAACUCACUGUUCCACAACAUGGCAGGGCUGAGUGACCGCACCUCUAGUCCGAUGCAGGCCAGCCUUCCUAAGACACACCCGGUGCCCAUCAGCUGCCAGCAGUGGCUGCCAUGCUGCAUUGCCCGCCUAGGGUGCUUUCAGCCUGUUCUAGAAUGAUCACUGCCUUACCCCUCUGCAGUGGUGUGAGUCUUUUCAUGGCUGUUCUCCCUCAGGGGAUUAAAGGAUCUAUAAAGAAAAUGGCACCUGCUUGGCUUCCUCUGGUGGCUGUGGGUUUCCAUGGUGAUAAAGACAGAACCUUUGAAAAGGGCACAGCCACAGCCUGGCAUUUAAAGGUCUGCUUGAUGACCUGUGUCCUGCUGAAAACCCCCAUAAGCCAGCGAGUGCAGAGCAGCUGUGGCUCCUCCUCUGCUGGCCUGUGGUCAGAAGUACCUCACGGCAGUUGUGGACGUUGAAGAGUGUUAUCAACACAACACUGCUUCCCGCUCCGGGAGCUGAGUCAGGCCGGGUUUCGAGUUGUUCCUCCCCUCCGCCUUGUCCCCUUGGCUGAGCUAUCUAGUGUGAGAGCAGCUGCGUCCUUACCUUUGAUCUCUGCAAAACAGAAAGGGCUCCCCUGACGGGCAUACAGACUACUGUGUGAAAACGAUUUCCUUUUCCAAGAUCCCAGGUACACACUUGACCGGCCCCUCUGAAUGUGUGCUGGCCACUGGACUGCCUCGACUCCGUCCCACCGCCGUGCUCCCGAGGAACACACCGUAGUUUAGGUCACACACAACGGGCUUCGGUGACACAUGUGCGCUCUCAGUCUAGGGCACAGGAAACACUGUAUGGUAGUUAAUAGGCCACACUCUAGUUGUUUUCCAUGAGAUAUCUACUUAUACAAGUGAAGAAUUUUAGUAAAUCAUGUUUUUAGUUAUAAAUGCUUGAUUGCGUUCUCUUUUGUAGCCAGUUAAUCUUUCAAACCAGCGACAAUUAGGUAAUCCUCAAGGGCGUACCUGGCAGCAUGCUAGCUAGCUACACUGUCACACCUUCUUCCCCUUCACGAUUGGAAGGAAAACCUUAAAGAACAAAAACAAAAAACCUCUACCAUUUCUUGUUUCUGUUUACAUAGACCAGUCUCCACCAGUGAGACGAGACCCUCACGCCCCUCUCCGAUAGACAGCUCGUAUCUGCAGGAUUUCAUAUUUAUAGAGACGCAUUUUAUUUAAGAGGAGAACAGAAGCUUGACUGACAGGUGUGUAUGUACCCGGUGUGACGUAGUGUUUGCGCCUUCGGCCGCGGUGAAUCAUUGGAGAGUGUAAACUGCCCUCAUUUGGGGCUGGCAGCUCCACCUGAAAACAGCCAGUCCCUGGAGGCCGCGGGCGCCCAGCCCAGCCAGCCAAGGGCUGAAGGACAUUUGACUUUUAUUUUUGUAUUUAAAUGACAUGAAUGUAAACGGGACAGCUCAGGGUCGUUUUGGAGCCUGUUGAUUUUCUAUCUCUGCUUGUGGUUUUCUUUUCUAAAAUAAAAACUUUGUGUAGCAACCCGGACUAAGUUGAAAAGGAAAACGCCAAACGCUUCUGGUAUUAGAGUUGAAUAAGUGAGCUCUGUUAUCUUAGGUGUUACAGUUCCAGAACGUUUUUUUGUUUGCUAAACCUUGAAGAAAUAUGUGCCUCGGCCUAGAUGUUUUGUCUUCUCUUUUCUGCACUUACUACCUGACGGUUUGACCAAUGGGUGCACCUUUCCGGGGGCGGGACUUGCUCCUCGCAGAUUGUGAUGUCACGGUGCAAGCUGCAGAGACCAUGAGGGGUCUGGUGUGUAGACAUUUUCAGGGAAUGCAGAAGGUAUUAACUGAAAAGACAAAACCUUUAUGCCACGUGCUUUGCUCCUUUCUGUACAUAACUCUUUGGCUCGUGAACCUAAUUGUAAACUUUCAGGUAUUUUUGUACAAAUAAGGGACUGAUGUUCUGUUUCUUGUAAUUAGAAAUAAACAUUAAUACAGUGUUCUUCA